AUGCACUUGUUCUCCAAGCAUGUCCUGUAUGAUCGCCUUGAGGUGGUCACAUGGGCGCUAGUUCUAUUUUUGUCUUUGGUUUUCCUGGCCACGACGGAGUCCAAAGAAAAGAGGAAAGCUGAUAAGCGUGGAGUACUCAUCAAUGUAGGUAAUGACGGAAAAGCUGGUGGUGGAAGUAGCGUAGGAAAUGAUGCCUUCGGUGGUAACGGAGACAAGGCUCCCUACGUUGGAGGCAGAAAUGCCGAUCAUCUGGGACAGGGGUUCAGUAAUGGCGUUGGUCAGACCGCAAACGGAGCGUCCCUUUUCCAGAUUCUUCGAGCGGCGCGCCCAGUCCCUGUGGCAGUGAGCAGUCACGUCCCUGUGGCUGUACCGCAGCCUUACCCAGUGACAGUCCCUAAACUGUACCCUGUAGCUGUCCCUCAUCCUGUGACAGUGUCUGUUCCCCGACCAUACCCAGUAAGCGUCCCUCGUCCCGUUCCUGUUCCUGUACCACAUCCUGUCCCAGUUCCCGUCCCUCAACCUGUUGGAGUUCCUGUCCCAAAACCUUACCCCGUCCCUGUCCCUCACCCAGUCCCUGUACCAUCCACCUUCUUGGCGGGUACAUCAGCGGGUGGCAUUCCUUUUGGUGGACUUGAAGGAGGUUUCUUCGGCCUCGGCCGUGGUGCAGCAAGCUAUGGCGGUGGUGUCUUCCUAGCACCGGCUGAAAGUCAUGGUUUCACCACUGGCUAUGGGUACGGCUGGCCUCCAAGUGACCUUUCAUAUGGACAUCAGAUUCCUCUACGGUUACCAGCGUUCGAACCAUCAAACAGUGAUGAUGGUAUCAGCGGAAACACUCCCGGAGCAGCCUACAAUGGCCAGGGACAACACCAGCCUGCAUCUACUGAUGCUGUAGUAGCAGGCAGCCCUUCUCAUAGCUUCUCGUACGUUCAGAACGACAAAGGUGUACCGCCAUCACCUCCAGCAGUUGUCCCAACCCCUUCAAGAUCUGAAGUCCCUGCACUCCCAGGAGACGGCUAUCACCAUGGUACUGGAUACAAAGUGUGA